UCUGCGCGCGUUCACGGGCCGUUCCCCUCCGAGAGUCCUCCGGUAGAGAGCUGUCGCCCGCAGGCCCCAGCCCGCCUGACCGCCCCGGGGGCUUCCGCAGCCUCUGCCGACCCGGAAUCUGGGACCUUGCUGAGCUGCUCCCCGCCCACCCCUCCAGGGUUUCCCCACGUCCACCGAGGUGAACCAGCUGUGGCCCUGCCCGGGAGGAGCUCACAGUCUAGCGCGGUAGACCGUGGUCAGCGAUGUGUCCAGCCCAGUGAGAGGGUGCUUGGUGUCCCUGUGGCCUCCAUGUUUAAAGCUGAACGUGCGUGCGGAGUGGACGUGGCUCUUUUCCGAAGUCCCUUUGGGGCCACAGGACCAGGCACUGUUUGAGUAGACACAGUGCUCUGUACUGUGCACUUGGGGUCUCCUGCGCUGGCCAUGCCCGUGCCCACGGAGGGCACACCUCCCCCACUGAGUGGUACCCCUGUCCCAGUCCCAGCCUACUUCCGCCAUGCCGAACCUGGCUUCUCCCUCAAGAGGCCUGGGGGGCUCAGUCGGAGCCUCCCACCCCGACCCCCUGCCAAGGGCAGUAUCCCCGUCAGCCGCCUCUUCCCUCCUCGGACCCCGGGUUGGCACCAGCCGCAGCCCCGGAGAGUGUCAUUCCGAGGCAAAGCCUCUGAGACCCUGCAGAGCCCUUCGUAUGACCCCAGCUGCCCGGAGUCCUUUUUCCAACAGAGUUUCCAGAGGCUUGGCCGCCUGGGCCACGGCUCUUACGGAGAGGUCUUCAAGGUACGCUCUAAGGAAGACGGCCGGCUCUAUGCAAUAAAGCGCUCCAUGUCACCGUUCCGGGGCCCCAAGGACCGGGCCCGCAAGCUGGCCGAGGUCGGUGGCCACGAGAAGGUGGGACAGCACCCGCGCUGUGUGCGGCUGGAGCAAGCCUGGGAGGAGGGCGGCAUCCUGUACCUGCAGACCGAGCUGUGUGGGCCCAGCCUGCAGCAGCACUCUGAGGCCUGGGGCACCGGCCUGCCCGAGGCCCAGGUUUGGGGCUACCUGCGGGACACCCUACUUGCCCUGGCUCACCUCCACGGCCAAGGCCUGGUCCACCUUGACGUCAAGCCCGCCAACAUCUUCCUGGGGCCCCGGGGCCGUUGCAAGCUGGGUGACUUUGGGCUGCUGGUUGAGCUGGGCACAUCUGGAGCUGGAGAGGCCCAGGAGGGAGACCCCCGGUACAUGGCUCCCGAGCUGCUGCAGGGCUCCUACGGGACAGCGGCGGACGUGUUCAGUCUGGGUCUCACCAUCCUGGAAGUGGCAUGCAACAUGGAGCUGCCCCACGGUGGGGAGGGCUGGCAGCAGCUUCGCCAGGGCUAUCUGCCCCCUGAGUUCACGGCUGGCCUGUCCUCUGAGCUGCGUUCUGUCCUUACCAUGAUGCUGGAACCUGACCCCAAGCUGCGGGCCACAGCCUCAGCCCUGCUGGCCCUGCCCAUGCUCAGGCGGCCUCGGCCCUGGAGUAUUCUAUGGUACGUGGCUGCUGAUGCCCUCAGUCGAGGGUGGGCCCUGUGGCAGGUAAGUCGGUUGAUGGGGCAGGGUGCCCCCCCCAACUCCCUGACCACAGGGUCUGAUCUGCCUCCCCCAUCCCUGUCCCCACAGGCCCUGCUCUCCCUGCUGUGCUGGCUCUGGCAUGGACUGGCCCACCCUGCCAGCUGGUUACAGCCCCCGAGCCCCCCAGCAACCCCGCCUGGCUCCCCGCCCUGCAGCCUCCUCCUGCACAGCAGCCUCUCCAGCAGCUGGGAUGACGACAGCGUAGGGCUCUCGCUCUCUCCGGAGGCCGUCCUGGCCAGGGCUGCUGGGAACACCUCCACCCCCCGCAAUGGCUCCCCUGCCCCCCGGAACAGGUACUCACUGAGGGAUGCCCUGGACCUAAGUGAUAUUGACUCUGAGCCCCCUCGGGGUUCCUUCCCCACCUUUGAACCUCGGAACCUCCUUAGCCUAUUUGAGGACUCACUGGGCCCAACCUGAGUCUACAGGCCAGCCUCAGUGCUUUUAACCUUUUAGCCUCCCCCUCAGUCCUCCUGGAGGCUGGGGUCCCUCUGGGAGCUCCAAGGGUGCCUCCUGCCUACCCAUGUCUAAUAAAAGGUAUUUGAAUCUCG